AUGCAGCCCUUGGGUCGCUCGGCUGCGAUGGCCGUGCGGGCAAACGGCAGCCGGUUGUUUCUACCAGCCAUCGGCACAAGCUCGAUGGCCCUGAAGCCGGCUUCUUGCUCUCGCCGCCGACGGCCAAUUGCAUCCCCGCCAAAGCCCUUUUCGAGUCCAUAUUCGAGAGCGUACUCGACGCCUGGCUCGACGAACCCCCCGCCAGAGGACGCGGGAAAAGGUGGCAAAGGUGCAGCUGGUGGCUCCGAAGCGACAGAGGGCAAUCCUUCACGGCUGGAGGAACCCCCCGAAAGGUCGUCUCCGUCAUCGGAGCUGACGUCCAGACUGACGCGAAACAACCUCAACCAAAGAGUAAACGACAUCAUCGGCGACAUUCAAUCACGCGUCCUCAACGCGGCGACGACCUUCAACGACAUCACCGGCUACUCCGACAUCGAGGGCAUCAAGGCCGAGAACGAGGCUCUCGAAGGCAAGCUCGCGGAUGCGCAGUCCCGGGUCCGCGCCGCCCGCGCCGCCCACACGACCGCCUACACGAAGCGGGACAAGGCGAAGCGCGAGGUGGCCACCCUGCUCGCCCGGCAGGACUCAUGGUCCCCGCAGGAUCUGGAACGGUUCACGGACCUCUACAAGACGGACCAUGUGCUGCAGGCGGAGGCGACCAAGGCCCAGGACAUGCUGAGCGAGGCCGAGGCCGAGGAGCAGAAGCUUGCCAAGAGGCUCAACUCGGGCAUACAAAAGAGGUAUCACGAGGAGCAGAUAUGGAGCGACCGCAUACGGAGGGCCAGCCGGUGGUCGACACUUGGCCUCAUGGGCAUGAACUUUUUGCUCUUCAUCGUCUUGCAUUUCGUCGCCGAGCCGUGGAAACGGGAGAAGCUCGUAAAGGGCGUCGUCGCCGAGGAGAUGGCCGUCCUCGAAGAGGUCCGCAACGGGCUCGAGGCCGUCAAGCUGAGACUGGAGCAGCAAACGACGGCAGCCGAGGCGCCGGCGUCGCUUCCCGCGACGGCCCACGACGCCGAGUCGCGGCCGGCACCGGCCCUCAACGGCGCGCUCGAGGGCCCCUGGCAGGACCUGCUGCUCGACCCGAGGCGGUGGCAGCUUGUGGUGGCAGACCUCUGCAGCGAACGGAGGAUAGACGUGCGCAUGAAGGAUGCCUCCCUGCUCGCGCUCGAGGCCGCCUUGGCGGGCGCCGCCAUCGCCGGCGGGUUGACCACGUUAUAUGUACGGAGGACCUGA